AUGGAAACCCGUGUUGGGGGUGGCAGGGCAAAGGCAAUCAUUGACAGACUGCCUUUUGAUGGCUCAGUGCAUACAGACACUAUUGGGUUUACGGGUGGUCUCUGGAUGCUGUGGGAUUCAGAUAGAGUGGAUGUCACUCCGCUGGCUGAUACUGAGCAGGAAAUUCAUGCAACAGUUAAGGUACGAAAUUCUAAUUCUAGCUGGCUUUUUACUGCUAUGUAUGCUAGUCCUAGAACUGCAGAAAGACAUAUUUUAUGGAAUAACCUUAUUAAUAUUGGUGAGUUGCAUAAUUUGCCUUGGGUGUUGGCGGGUGAUUUCAAUGAACCUCUGUCGGAGGAUGAUGAAUUUGGGGGAAGGGCAGUGAGUGUUAGUAGGUCGCUGCUUUUUAAGGAGUGUUUGGAUAAAUGUAACAUGAUUGACAUUGGUUUUUUGGGUCCCCGAUUCACUUGGACUAACAAAAGAGAAGUCCAAGCUCUAAUCCAAGAAAGAAUAGAUAGUGUUUUUGUUAACCCCAACUGGUGUUUACUGUAUCCGGAAGCUCGGGUUGUCCAUCUUACCAGAUGCCAUUCUGAUCACUGCCCUAUUCUGUUAGAGUUGCAAUCGAGAAUUAAUAGGGGUAGAAAGAGUCCUUUUAGAUUCCAAACUUGCUGGUUAUUCGAGCCAUCUUUCCCUUCUAUUGUUUCUCAAGCGAGGAGAGAUUCUCCCGCAUUAGGAGAUGUAGUUAACAGAUUUACCCAGGCAGCAAUAAGGUGGAAUGGCUCUCAUUUUGGUAAUAUCUUCACUAGGAAGAAGAACAUCAUGGCUAGGAUUAAUGGGAUUCAACGGGCCUUAUCUGUGAGGCCCUUUACUUUCCUUGUAAAUUUGGAAGAUGAGCUUCUCAAGGAGUUAGAUUGUGUGCUGAACCAAGAAGAAGAGCUUUAG